GUAGAAUCUGAGGUCAAAGUAAAAUUGACAAGAAUUACUGUUUACGCCUGACAGGGUUGCAUUAGGCUGCUAAGUGCAAUAAGAGGAAGUCAGCUGAAAAAGUUCAAUAAUUCGAGUAUUUCCGUUUAGUUAUAGGAAAGUAUUGCUGCAAUAGAUUUUAAAAUCAUGAUUUUGGCAAUUCUGGAUAACUAUUCAUAAAAUUAUUUUUUCCAUAACAUUUACCAAAAAGAAAAUGUCUACGCUAUAUGCAAUGCAGAGUCAAGUGCCGUUACGGCCGGAAAUGCCGUUUACUAACGGUCGCCAUAUUUCACCAAGUUCAAUAGCUACUACAUCUAAAUUUUGGUAUUGGAAAAAAUCUGAAGAAUUGUUUGUCCAAAAUGCUUACCGAAUUGCAGGAAUUAGGAUUAACAAGUAGAAAAGGCUCUUUACCGAAUAUUCAUGAAUUGGUGUCAAUGAAUGUUGUGAAAACUUGUGAGAAAUUGCGUUUAGCCAUUACACAGACGCGUAAUGAUCUACAACACACGCUGGAUGUUACACGUAAACGCCAAACGGAAGACCUCUCCUUUCGCUCCAUAUCGGGUCUCUGCUACACCACUUUACGCGUACAUGAAUUGCAAGUGAACGAUUUGUUGAACAAAUCGGAAGCAUUAGUGGCUCAAAGUCAUGGUUGGUCCACAUUACAAGCGAGAAAGCGGAGCCAACCGUCGAGUUGCUCUACUUCAUAUCGUUCGAAAAGGGAAAGGCAGCAGACAGUGAAACAUUCCUUGACGGAUGUAUCCCUUAGAAAUUACAAACAGUUAUUGGAUGAAACAGAAAGUUUUGUAGAAUGGAGCAAAUCAGAAGAGGUGAUGGAACAAGAUAGUUACAACAGGACAAGUUGUAUUCAUAUUCGAGAGAUUACCAUUGAUGAAGUUGAUAUUCCAAGUGGCCGUUCAGAUGAAGAUGAAGGAUUUGGGAAUGCCACAGCAGACGAAUUAACUACAAUUUUACAGAUGCUUUCAGACAAGCCCACUGUACCCGUCAUGAAGUCACUAAAAAGACAGCCGAUGGAUAUCUCGGGCGUUUGCGAGAAAAAGUGCAGGCCUUCCCAUGGAACAGAAUACGAUAUGACUCGAGGAGAUCACGAACAUCCUGAAAAUGAAAUUGCAGUCGAAAAUGGAGUGGACAAUCAUUUCAUUAAUGAAAUAGAAGUCAGUCCCAAUAAUAAUACUAUUAGUAGCGACGUUGCUAAUAGCAAUAACGAUAUGGCCAUUGAAGACAACAUUUCUGAUAGGAUGAGAUCAACUGAAAAAGUCUUACCCAAAGCAACAAAUACUUCUUACAUUUGCAAUCAGGGCAGCGCCGCAACCAACAAUGCAAAAUUUAAAAUGAAAAAAGUAAUUAUCGAUGAAUGCACUGAACUAAGUCAAAAGGAAAUGCACACGCAAUUGCAAGCUCAAAUUAAUAUUAAGGCAAAAUUAAUAAAAACGAGAGGUAUAAUUGAAUGGAGUGCAAAAAGAAAUUUGUCGAGUGGAAAACGCUAUGACAGGUUUAUUCCAUCUGCCAGCGAUCUAUUAAGUAAACUUCAUCGCAGUUCUCGCAGCUGCAUUACAAUGAGGAGACUCAAAUUGAAGAACAAAGUAUCGCGCUCACGUUUAGAAACUUCAACAGUGCGUUCCACUUAUCGUAACUUAUUACGAGCCAUUUUAAAUUGUGAAAUCACAGAUGACUUAGCUACUCAAAUCUACAAAAAUUGGAAUAAAUGUGAAAAAUAUAAUUUAAAAAAUAGUCGUCAAAAGUUGCAAACGCCUGUGCCGGAAAAUAUUCCUUGUCUACAAGAGGAGAAUGAUUGCAAUCAGAUGUCACUAGCGCCAAAUUAUGCAAUAGAGAGUGCGGUCUGCAAUAACAACAAUAAUUUAGAACGCACUAUAGAUGUUUGUACCCCGUCUAAUGACCAAGACGAGUGGAGCCCUUUUGAUGUAAUGGUAAAGUUAUUGAAUUUAUGGCGCUCAAAAAAAGUUCUCGGCGACGAAAUACCCGUGGAAUACCUUUUGCAACGCGCCACGUUGGCUCGAAAUAAAGCUGCCAAGGCAUUCGGUUCACUAUUAAGGCUUGCUGCAAGUCGAUUUAUUGUAUUACUACCAAAACAGAAUUCUCUGCAAUUGCAAAGUAUCCAAUUGGGAGCCGCAUCGGCAAAACUAAUCCACAAAAACGAAGUACAUGGAAUGUCAUUGCGAAGAAGCAACAAUGGAUACCGCAUACAUGCGAGCUAAAAAAUUAA